AUGUGUCAGUUUAAAGUGAAUGUGAAAGCGCCUUCCACCGCGAAGGGUUCAGACAGUCUCAUUCCGACAAACUUACAACUGGAAGGUAGGCUACUCGUCUCUCCCUUCAUACAAUACACGACAUCUCCCUCAAAUAGACUAAGAUUGCCACGCAGCGCUUUGAAGCGCCACCAUCGCCCAAGGCAUUCAAAGUCUUCCCCGGCCGCAGAACCUCCCUACCCUUCACCCUUGGGACCACCCCUGUCCGACGAACCCCCUUUUGACGCGGACCUGUCCGACUUGCGGUCCGAAUACUCGGACAACUUUGUCUGGACCGAACGGAGGAGUUUGCACCAUCUACCACCUGCUGGAAAGGGUCGUCUGACGGGAGGAGACGAGCGAGUGAGACCUUCGUCACUACUGCGGCUAGAAGGAGUACACCGACACUGCCCUGAGUACAGUGACAGCUAUAGAGAGUACACUGACCAGCAGUUUCCGCCCACGCGUGCGAAACGUCCUCUAUCACAGCUCAGGACCACUGACGACAAAGAAAACGAGUGGCUCAAGGUAUCAGAGGCAAAAGCACGCUUUGUAGCCUACCCGGAAGCCAAACGACCGGCCCUGAGACGACGCUCCACCUCCCUCUGUCUAGAAGGAGACCUGCUGGAGAAAACCUCCGAACUGCAUGACAGCUACAGAGAGUAUCCCAUCACGUCUCCCUCCCGCCUCACGCGCCGUCCCACCACGCUCCGUCUGGAGGGAGACCUCGACACUAGCCGCACCACACACCACGAGCAAUUCACCGGCUACGAUCCCCAGCCACGCUGCAGUCAACUGAGAAGACCCACAAACCUCGCCAUGGAAGGGGAUGGCUAUUUCACCCCAGAAUACCGCGAGAAGUUUGUAGAUUUCCCCCGCGAGAGACCUUCCACAAGACGCACUGAGGAAGACCAUGUCAGACAGAUCAGACCGGGGGAUGGGUUUGAAACCGCAACAGAAGCUAAAGACAACUACAUCAAGUACCCUGUGAAACGACGCGUCCCAGAAACUUAUUGUCACCAAGCUGUAGAAACUGAUCAUCUAAGACCUGAGGGUGAUUUCGAGGGUUGUUCGGAGCUUCACUCCAGUUUCACUGAUUUACCCCGGCGCAGAUGUAUUGCAAGACCGCUCGAAGACCACCUGAAACCUGAGGGAGAGAUCGGCAAAAGUACAGAAUUGAAGUCUGAGUUUGUCGAUUUCCCCCGGCAGAGAAACAUAGCACGUGCUUUGGAGGAUCAUCUAAAACCUGAGGGGGAAAUGCUCAACUCAACUGAGUUAAACUCCUCGUUUGUGGAUUUUCCCAGACAGAGAAACAUCUCCAGACCAUUGGCGGAUCAUUUGAGGCCUGAAGGCGAGUUGGAUGCUUCAACUGAGAUCAAAUCAGAGUACGUGGAUUUCCCCAGGCAAAGGAACAUUGCUAAACCAAUUGAAGAUCACCUGAGACCUGAGGGGGAUAUGAUGAAUUCAACAGAGCUGAACUCCUCAUUUAUAGAUUUCCCGAGACAUAGGAAUAUAUCUAGACCGCUAGCUGAUCAUUUGAAACCUGAAGGUGAUAUGGACAGUUCAACCGAGAUCCGAUCCGAGUUUGUUGAUUUCCCCCGCAAGAGGAACAUUGCAAGACCGCUGGAGGACCAUUUGAGGCCUGAGGGAGAGAUGACGAAUGUAACAGAACUAAAUUCUUCGUUUGUGGAUUUCCCCAGAGCCCGUAACAUCUCCCGACCUUUGGCAGAUCAUUUGAAACCUGAGGGGGAAUUGGAUACAUCAACUGAAAUCAAAUCUGAGUUUGUGGAUUUUCCCAGGCAACGAAACAUAGCUAGACCGAUUGAGGAUAAUUUGAGGCCUGAGGGUGAUAUGGUGGAGAAGGCUAGUGAGAUACACUCCAAGUAUGUGGAUUUUCCCAGACAGAGACCAGUGGUGAAGAGGCAGUGCUCAAGUUUGAAGGCGGAGGGGACAAUGCAGGGGACAACCGAGAACUCCAACUACUUCUCGGCAGUUGAGAGUGGGUGUAAAUCAGCGUCCUGCAAGCGUGAGGCGUAUCUACAGCUGGGUGGGGAGAUAGAUAUCCGUCCAGAGUACAACGAGAGCUUCGUCGAUCAUCCCAGGAAGCGGCCUGAGGUGAGGCGACCUGAGGAACAGCUGAGGAAGCUUGAGGGACGCAUCGACACAGAUCCUGAGUAUCGAUCCUCGUUUCUGGACUAUCCCCGGCAGAGGCCCGUCAUCAAGAAGCCUGUCUGUCAACUGAAGAGAUCCGGCAUGGCGAUGUCGAGGGAUGAGGCGUCCAGAGGUCCAUACACGCCCAGUUUCUUGAACACCAAUCAGAGUGGAGAAAAGGCUUUCCGUGUGCUGAACGUGUCGGGUUCUGGGACACAGCCGGCUAUAAGGGCUGGCAGCGGCAGUACGACCACAGACACAGAUAGCUUGUCGCAGUCAGCGCCUUCCUACCGACUUCACGUGCAAAACUGCGACGACAACCAGCGUUCGUCUGCGCAUGCGCAGAGAGGUGCUUUUGUCGUGCUGCCAGACCCAAACAACAACAAUCUAAACUCGUCGUCGGGUAGUCGGUGGCUUAGGAAUAACAACAAACCUUGAAACAAUUGUGAAAAGUUAUUUUUGGAAAAAAGUUACAGUGGAAUGAGAGUUUGAUAACAAAACCCAGGUGACAAUUUCAAGUCGUCGGCUUGGAAAUAGAUAAUAAACCUUACAGGGGUCGUGGAAAGUGUUUUUUGAAGUGAUUAAAAAAACGUUACAGUGAAAUAAUUGUGCAAGAAGAAAAACAAAUUGAAAAUCUUCAAGUCGAGGCCUUAGGUAUGCAGUGUCUGAUAAGUCACUCCCUAUUUUUAUACAGCUAUAAUU